CGCUUCGAGAACGGUCUCGUAGACCAGACGAGCUACAUGCCUGUCAAGAGUAUCCUCAUCGUCUUUGCGUCGAUGCAGCUCGCCGUCCUCCUCUCGUUCCUCGACCAGACUAUCGUCAGUACUGCAUUGCCCAACAUCUCGGCCGCCUUCAACGCCGGCCGCUCGUCGUCAUUCGUCGCCGCAGCGUACCUUCUCACCUCGAGCGCCGUUCAACCCGUCUGGGGCCGGCUCAGCGACGUCUUUGGCCGCAAGAUCACCCUCCUCUCCUGCGUCGCCAUCUUUCUCGUCGGCUCCUUGGCGUGCGCGCUCGCGCAGUCCAUGUUGCAGCUCAUCAUCUUUCGCGGCCUCCAAGGCGUCGGCGGCGGCGGCCUCCUCACGCUCGUCCUCAUCAUCGUGUCGGACAUCGUCUCGCUCAAGGACCGAGGAAAGUACCAGGGCCUUACCGAGGCGACCAUCCUCGUCGGAAACGGCGCCGGGCCAAUCCUGGGAGGCGUCAUGGCGCAAAAGCUCACGUGGAACUGGUGCUUCUGGAUCAACUUGCCGAUUGGCGGCGUCGCCAUGGCCGUCAUCCUCUUCUUCCUCCCCCUCAAGGCGGUUCGAGGGUCCAUGAGACAGAAACUGCUCCAAAUAGACUAUGGCGGCGCCCUGCUGUCGAGCUUCGCCACGGUCCUCGUGAUCCUCCCGCUCAACUGGGGCGGCGUCUCGUUCCCCUGGGUGUCGGGCCCGGUCCUCGGAUGCCUCAUCUCGGGCAUUGUGGGCUAUGGCGUUUUCGUCGUGUACGAGUGGCGCGUGGCAAAGAUCCCGAUCGUCCCUCCGUUCAUCUUCAAGAACCAGACCGUCUCGGCCGUCUUCGCGUCGACGUUUUUAAACGGCGCGACCAUCCUGACCCAGGUCUAUUACCUCCCGCAAUUCUUCCAAGUCGUGCGCGGCGACAGCCCGAUACGGAGCGGCGUCUUGAUCCUGCCGCAGCUCACCAUGACGACUUUCGCCGUGUUCGUCUCGGGCCAGCUCGUCGCUCGGACCGGCGAGUACAAGCCCAUGAUCUGUGUCGGCUACGCCUUGUGGGCCAUCGGCCUGGGCCUCCUCUCGACGCUCGACGAGACGUCCUCUGUCGCCCGCAUCGUCGGUUACCAGAUCCUGAACGGCGCCGGCCAAGGCGGGACCCUCCAGACGAGCAUGGUUGCGGCUCAAGCCGCCGUCGCUCGGUCCGAGAUGUCGGUCGUCACCUCGGUCCGCAACUUCAUGCGCUCUCUCGGUGGCACCGUGUUCCUCGUCAUCGCCGCCACGAUCUUGAACAACACCCUGCGGUCCAAGCUGUCGCCGCUCGGGUUCGAGCAAGACCUCAUCUCGGCCGUCAUCGACGACCCGACGGGCAUCUGGCGGUCCUCGUCAAAGGAGGGCACGACGCUCCUCAACUUGCCGCAGGAGGAGAAGGACCAGAUCAUCUCGGCCUACGUCAACGGCUUCCACACGCUCUUCCACGUUCUCGCGGGCUUGAUCUCGGGCGCGUUCGUCAUCGCCGUCGUCCUCAUCAAGCGGCACUCGCUCUCGCGCAAGGACGAAGAAGCGCUUAAGCAGAAGGGCCAAGAGUGGGUGCAGCGGCAAAAGGAGAAGAAGAAGAAGGCCGGUAACGGCGCCGACGACGACGCCGAGAAAGGGACGGCGGCGAAGCGGCCGUCGGUAGACGGAGCCAAGAAGACGUCUCUGUAGAGUGGUAGACGCUGUACAACUCGAGAUGCCUGUCUCCAGC